UCGAAAGUCAGAGGGGUGCUUAGGAGAGACCGAAUACUCGGGACAGAUUUGUGGGUAAGGGGCUUGGAGGGAGGAGAAGCGGGGAGGGGCGACAGGCGUAGUGCCAGGCGGGCGAGGAGACUUAGGAGAGAGAGAGAAGGGCGAAAGGAAUCCCUUGAAUAUCCAUUCCCAGACUUCAGGCCGUCGCUCCCAGUCAGUUGGCCCGGCCUCCCCCGGUUGCAACCCCAGCUCGGCAGGGUGAGAAGAUGGCUUCUCCCUCCAGACAGCCUCCCCUCGGGGGGUCAGGACUGCUUCAGGGAAGCCGGGCUCGUUCUUAUGGAAGCUUAGUGCAGUCGGCCUGCUCCCCAGUGAGGGAAAGACGCCUGGAGCAUCGCCUGGAGCCUGGAGACACGCUGGCCGGACUAGCCCUCAAAUAUGGGGUGACGAUGGAACAGAUUAAGCGAGCAAACCGCCUUUAUACUAAUGACUCCAUCUUCCUGAAGAAAACCCUCUACAUCCCCAUCCUGACAGAGCCCAGAGACCUGUUCAAUGGUUUGGAUUCUGAAGAAGAGAACGAUAGAGAGGACGAGGUACACCCAAGUAAGAAAGAAGUUUGUUCACACUCAGCUGAGAGGAAGAAACAAGAAACAGGUUCACGACGUGCCAAUGGUGAAGUCCUCCCCACACCUGGCCAGGAACCCCCCAUACCCAUCCAUGACCUCUCUGCCUCUGAUUUCCUUAAGAAGCUUGAUACACAGAUCAGCCUGUCCAAGAAGGCUGCUGCCCAGAAGCUGAAAAAAGGGGAAAGUGGGGUACCUGGGGAGGAUACAGGUCUCCACCUGAGCUCCCCUCGGAUGCAGCAACGAGCAGUCCUAGGUCCCGUGCCGCUGACCCGUACCUCUCGGACCCGGACACUUCGGGACCAGGAGGAUGAAAUCUUCAAACUCUGAUGUCCUGUGAACU